AUGGAAAAUAGAUCACUUCGGUAUAUGCAAAGUAGAGGUAUUUGUAAACUUGACCAAACUCAGCGGAAUGUACCAGUAAAUGGUUUGGGGCCGGCCUCUAAAUUGGUGUUAGAACGUCGACCCUGUGCAUCAGCGCCAGAGUUAUCACACGUCUGGGCAUUGUGUGUUCGCCAACAGUCACAUUAUCCUCCCACCCACACAUACAAAUGCACUGGCAGCGACAAGUACACGACGAGGCUUGAGCAAGCCAAUGAACAGCUGCUCGUCCUCGUAAUCCGUUUUCGCCAUCUCAACACACCCUGGGCCCGGAUGUGUAGGCCCUUUUCAUUUUAUCGUCUCGGCUUCUGUUGUGCCUUUUUGUGUGACAGUUUGGUUUGCGUGCAUUUAUGCGGUGGUGACACAUUUGACUUGUACCGUCACGCCCACCCGCCUUACCUCCGUAUCCUCCGGCCGCUCUGUUCCCGACCCAACCUGUCCCAGGGCAUAUCGAGACCCCAAGCUGGGGGCAGGGGGAUCAUGACGGUGCGGCUAAUGGCUCAGAUUGCGGCUGUCUGA